AUGACGGCAGCACCUCCAAAUCUACCCGUGCUGCCCGACGACGACUCCAUGUUGUCUCGCAAGUUUGGCCGCGAGGUCGCCAACUACUUCUCUGGCAGCCCUCUCAACAGGGUCUCGUUCCUCCGCAGCGACCAUGACUUCCUCAACAAGGCCUUCGCGUACCCGUCGGCCUCGUUCCUGCUCAUGAACGGGCUCGCGCCACUUGGCAAGGACCGGUCGACCUUGGCCUAUGUCGGCAGAGAUGACGUCCUCCCUCUGAUCGGCCCCGAACCGUUCAAGCAGACCGAAGCAGAGCAGGUCCGCAACUUCAACUCGGCCAUUGACAAGCCUGUCGUUCUGUUCCUCGGUUUGGACGAGAAGAACAAGGGCUUUACCUUUAAGGAGUUCGGUGGACAUCCGUACUUUGCUGUAGAUGUCACGCCCAGAGGCACUUACACCGAGAAAGCCGUUGGCAUUGCCGAAGCUGUCCAGAAGAAAGGGGUUGACUUUAUUGCUGGAGGUCGGCAUAUGAACCUGAGCGCCCCAGAGGCCGCGAUAUACGCACAAGCACGUGCCCUCUUCGACUGGAACGCUCGCAACCCAUUCUGCGGUGGCUGCGGUCAGCGCACAAUGUCUGUCAAUGCGGGCACCAAGAGGGUUUGCCCGCCCACGGACCUCGCUGGUGUCCCUGAGGGCGGCGAGCCCCAGGCCCGUGGUGCAUGCCCGACCCGCGCAGGCAUCUCCAACCUGAGCUUUCCUCGGACAGACCCGACGGUCAUCAUGGCUGUCGUCUCAGCCGACGGUACCAAGAUUCUGCUCGGCCGCCAGAGCCGCUGGCCCCCGAGCAUGUUCAGCACACUUGCUGGCUUCCUCGAGCCCGGCGAGUCGAUCGAAGAGGCGGUGCGGAGAGAGGUAUGGGAAGAGUCUGGCGUCAAGGUCGGCCGCGUGGUGAUCCACAGCUCCCAGCCCUGGCCGUACCCCGCAAACCUGAUGAUUGGUGCUGUCGGACAGGCAACACCAGAUGGCGAGACAAUCGACCUUGGGAACGAUCCGGAGCUUGAGAAGGCCAAGUGGUUUACCUUUGACGAGGUCAGGGAAGGCCUUCAGAAUGGCACUGCCGGGCUUGAUGAGCCUGCGCCGAGCACGCUCAAGGAGGGUGGCAUCAGGUUGCCUCCCCACACCGCGAUCGCCAAUCGUCUCAUCGAUGCCGUCAUCAACGGAUUCUUGAGCUUGAGUCCAAAGAUUUGA